AUGCUUUUGGUGGUCCUCGUGCUCCUGCUGCCCACAGUCUCCGAUGCCUGUGGUGAUCCACCAAGGUUUGAAACUAUGAGGCUCCAGGGUGCGCCUAAGCCCAGGUAUCGUCCUGGGGAACGCGUACAAUAUGACUGUCGCCUAGGUUUCAAGCCCAUAAUUCCUCUUCGUUCCAGAUCUGCUGUUUGUGAGGAUGACAAUACAUGGUCAGCUCUCGAGGAGGCCUGUACAAGAAAAUCAUGUCCUAAUCUGGGAGAUCCAGUGAAUGGUCAAGUUUACUUCGUCAAUGGAAGUGUUCUGUUUGGUUCACAGGCUCACUUUGUUUGUAAUCAGGGUUUUUAUAUGAUUGGAGCAAGAAUUCUACAUUGUGAAAUUUCUGAAAAUAAUGUGAACUGGAAUGAUGAUCCCCCAAUAUGUGAAAAGAUUUUGUGUUCCACACCUGGAAAUAUAAAAAAUGGAAGAUUUACCGUUUACAAGGAUGAAUAUCAUUAUAAUGAGGUAGUAACUUAUAUGUGUGAUCCUUCAAAUGGACCAGAUGAAUAUUCUCUUGUUGGAGAGAGUAGGCUUAUUUGUGUUGAUCAAGACAGAUGGAGCAGUGAUCCUCCAGAAUGUAAAGUGGUCAAAUGUGACUAUCCAGUUGUUGAACAUGGAAUGAUAUUAUCAGGAUUUAGAAGAAAAUUUUACUACAAAGCGCAAGUUGUAUUUCAAUGUAACCAGGGUUUUUCCCUUCAUGGCAGCAACACAAUUGUCUGUAAUGCAAACAGUACUUGGGAGCCCGCGAUACCAACAUGUACUAAAGAUGUGGAUGAUUCUACUGUAGCAGGGCUAGUACUGGCUGACUCGGUAGAGCUGGGGAAACAGGCUGUGAGCCUCGGAGCAAGUGUCAGCCUUCUGGUCCAUAGGCCUGUGGCCUGGAGGGUCUUGAUGGGCUGGCCAUUUCCUGACGUAGCUGACUAUAGUGUCAGGGUGUCCUGGAGCGGUUCUUGUCCUGCUGGUGAAUGGGGUCUGACCUUGGGGAAGCUGGCGGAGGGGCUGACAGUUCCUGGAGCUGGUGUCAGGCUGCAGUUGGUGGGGCUGCUGCCUGUGGGGUUCCAGGACUCAUGCUGGCCCCCUGGUGAGGAGAGCCAGGGCCUAGGGUCUGACUGCAGCAUACUGGGGCAGGUCCUGGACCCACUGGAGGGCAAGGAUGGGUCCCGGAGGACGCAAGAUGACACUUCCCUGCUUGUGGGUGGGGUUGUGUUGCCAGUCCAGUAA